AUGUGCCGUUCACCUAGCAUCUUCCCCCGCCCCGCGGACGCCUCACACGCACAAGUCAUGCGAUCGAGUGCCGACGGUCAUGUUGGUGCCGGUCAGAGUCUUGCGGAUGAACAGAUUGGCCAGAGACCGAGUGCCGAUGAACAGAGCGAUGAGAAAUCCAGCUAUGUAUGGGUUGUUGAGGAUCACCGCGAUAAGCGGGUAUGCAGACCUUGGUGGAACGCCCGUUUUCAAGGCACCCUGCCACUGGCCCUCUCCGCUCGCAUCCCGCUCGAGGUCUUUAGGCUCGUCGUGGACGAGAUGUAUCCUCCCACAUUGACUGUCGCGGCGCUUGUCUGCGCAGCAUGGCACCCUCGAGCGAUGCACAACCUCUACCAUACCGUCGAAAUUCGCAGCCGCACAAGCUACAACCUGCUGUUCAAGCAGUGUUACGCAUCACCACGCGUCAAACAGUGGCUCGCGAGCACAUGCAAGCUGGUGGCAGACGGCGAGCGGGAUGCCUAUAGCGACAUGCACGAGGACGACCUUGAGGCCCAGGAAAAGGGUAAGGGUGAACACGGGAGCGUGGAAUCCCCGCGGCGUAGAAACAAGAGCCAAAGUGACAAUCACGUCUUACCAGCACUACCGUUUGCGCUCGCUGGUCUGAUGCCUCGUGUACGCAUCCUGUACAUCUGCAGUGCAGGAUUUCGUUUCAUCCACACGGAUUUCUUCCUCGCCCUAUCGAGGUUCGAGUCUGUCAAGUCGUUGACCCUUGACUAUUGCCGACUGAACAAUGUGACACACCUGCGGCGAAUUGUGUCUGCCUUCCCCCAGCUCACAGAUUUCACGAUGAAUGUUGAUUUCGCUCGGGAAGGUGCUGCCAGUUACGCGGGAACCUCACUAUUUCGGGCACCAUCUCACAUGCGUCUUCGAUACCUUGACGUCACCGUGGAGGAUAAAUGCAUGGCGAUGUUCCUUGACUGGAUGACACACUCCGGCCUCUGCAACUCACUUGCGGAUCUGUCAAUCUGGUCAGGACAGCGCUCUAUGGCACUUACAUCCCUUAACCAACUCCUCGAAACGGUGGGGGCAUCGUUGACUCAUUUCUGCGAGAGGUUCGGUGACUUUCAAAAUUAUGAUAAUGCCCUGACUCACGGAAACCUGUUUCAAAACACCGCCUUGCAAUCCUUGGACAUCAAAAUGCAUCACAUCGACAACAAGGCCGAAUUCCAGGUGGCUCGCGCGGCUUGGACCAAAGCGGCGGACGAGCUACACGAUAUCUUCUCCACCAUCCGAAGCCGUCAGCUCGAGCACAUCAAGGUUCGCGUUCAAGGUAUCCAUGACAACACUGUUCUCGAGGGUGAGAGCGCUGUCCUCGAGAAGCUCGACCUGCGGGACCUGCACGAGGUCAUCAGCCAGCCAUACUUCGACGCAUUGAAGGAUGUCGAAGUGAAGAUGAAGAUAUGGCCUCGGAUUGAUCAGGCCAAGUUGGAUCUGGACAGCAUCGCUCAGGAGCUCGAGGUUGUAUUUUGUGGCUUGCUCCGGCCAUGGUCUGAUCGCGGCAUAGUCGACACCUGCAUAACAUGCUGGAAUGGUUCUACAUAUCUGAAGUGA